CCAAUGCAGCACCGCACGAUGGCUGCAAACAAUAAGCUAAGACUAACAACAGCUCUGGGACCCACCAACAAGAGCAUGCAACCAUGAUAUCGGAGUUUUUUGUGCUAUCACCAAGGGGAGAUACGAUCAUUGCUAAACAGUACCGCAAUGAUCGGGGAGAUGUAGGCGCACACGAACGAAGUCACACCGAAGCUUUCUUUCGCAAAGUAAAAUUUUGGAGUGAUGCCACCAAUGAAGAAGAGUAUGAAGAGCUGCAAGACGACGACAAAGCCGAAGAUGGAGCCCGGCUGAAGCGGAAAGGAGACGCACCACCAGUCUUCCUCAUGCCAGAUGGGAUGGUCUAUGUACAUGUCAAGCGGAAUGGUCUGAUCUUUUGCUGUACCACCGCUCGCAACGUUAGUCCCAACACAGUCAUCGAGCUCCUGGCAAGCAUAGCAAGAAUCUUCAAAGAUUAUUGCGGUACGCUGUCGGAAGAAGCUUUGCGGAAGAACUUUAUUUUAUGCUACGAACUGCUCGAUGAAAUGAUUGAUUAUGGCUAUCCUCAAGUCACACGGACGGAAAACCUGAAAUCCUUUGUCUACAAUGAACCCAUUCUGGUGGAACAUGUGGUCAACACGGGCAAUCUCGUAAACCCCAAGACGGCGUCUGCAUCGGCGGUUCACAAACCAGUCAUAUCAUCCGUCAAUGAAAAUGGGCGAAAGUCCAAUGUCAAUGCAAACCAAAAGAAUGAAAUUUUUGUCGAUAUUCUGGAAAGGCUCAAUGUCCUCUUCUCCAACAAUGGCUACGUGUUGAACAGUACCAUCGAUGGAUGCAUUCAGAUGAAGUCUUAUCUAGCGGGAAACCCGGAACUGCGGCUGGCAUUGAACGAAGAUUUAGUGAUUGGCAGAAAUAACGCCGGAUCAUAUGGUUCGGUCGUUGUGGAUGACAUGAACUUUAACGAUUGCGUCAACCUGGCGGAAUUUGAGUCUGCUCGGACUCUCUCCUUCAUCCCACCUGACGGAGAAUUUGUGGUGCUCAAUUACCGCGUGACGGGAGAAUUCCCAACCCCAUUCCGGAUCUUUCCAUCCAUUGAAGAGGUGGAACCCAAAAAACUGGAGGUUGUCAUUCUGAUCCGAGGAGAAAUGCCGGCCAAUCACUUUGGGGCCAACGUCACUGUGGAAAUGCCAAUGCCUCGUUGCACCGCAGCAGCUUCUUGCAAUGUCAUUUCCAGUCCGGGGUCGGGCUACGCCAAUGCGGAGUAUGUAGCACACGAAGGAAAGCUCGUGUGGACCAUGAAAAAGUUCCCUGGAGGGACCGAACAAACCAUGCGGGCCAAGGUCACUCUCAAUCAGCCGUGUACGACACAGAUGCGACGAGAAAUUGGACCCAUCAACAUGACAUUUGAGAUCCCAAUGUACAAUGUGUCCAGUUUGAAUGUGCGCUACCUGAGGGUUGCCGAAGCCAUGGUCGGAUACACUCCCUAUCGAUGGGUGCGAUAUGUGACCCAAAGCAGCUCAUACGUCUGUCGAUUGUAAACCAUGGCUGAAUUGCGACAACAGCGGUGCAUCGAUCGAUUCAUCCUUCCUGCCUUUGUGCGAUUACACUAAAAGCAUGCAAAUAAUAAUAACACAUUUUAAAAAGAACUCAAAAAGCCAGUCGAACG